UAAGAAAGAUAUACAAUGGACAAUAUGCACAGUGCUUGUGUUAUAAAUAUUUUGCUGAGCUGGGCUGAGAAAAAGGGCACAGUGAUUAUGACAUGUAACCUGCAUGCUGUUUUCUUGCAGACGAUAAAAUUAACUUCAGGCGUGUGGUACUGGAAAGAUGACACUAACACACUUGAAUUUGCAAGCUCCAGUCCAACAGCUGAGGAAAACCUUAGCGAAGGAAAAAACGCUCACUUUCAGGAAAUAUGUGUCAAGACAUUAAAGAGCAUUUUCCAAGAUGAACGCAGUGCUACGCUCCCUGAAAAAAGGCUGGCUGGCAAUGAGGAAAAAAUUCAUAUGCUGGCAAAAUGGAUAAAACAUGAAUAUGUCACACUGGAUGAUGUCAAAUAUCUUGCUUUCCUUUUGAGAGAAGAAAAUGAGUCACAUCGCAUGCUACCAUUUGCAGCAGUUAUGGGGAAUAAAAAACUGGAUGAGUUCCUCAUGGCCCUGCUUUUCUACAUGUCUUUUUACCUGGAAAAAAUUGCCCUGGAAAAGAAAACCCAAUCCUUGAUUUUGUCUGUGAUUUUUCUGGAAAAUAAAGCAAUGGAUGAUGUGUUGGCGAAGUUAGCGGUGGCCAAGAUCUACCUUGCCAAAGUUUACAGUAACUUUGUCCUUGAGAGAGGCAUAGCAGAGAGGAGUCGCACGUCUCAUGGAAAGAGAAAAACGUCUUUGCAGAAAGAUCGGAACUUCUUUGAGGGCUUCUACAAUUUCUGCAGCUACGUGACUUGGCUUGUGUUCAGGCGGAAGCACUUCCAAGUGAUUCGGGAAGAAAUCGGCAGGCUCCUUUGCUCUGACAUGUUCAAUCUCGCCAUAAGAGACAGGAACCAUGUUUCUUUGCAGACUGCUGAUGCAAAUGCAGUGAGAUUACCACGUCAGAGACAAGUCGGUGCCAAGCAUCCAUCCAUUAACAGCAUGCUUUACCAACAUUCACCUGUGCUCAGCACACUGCUGCCCUCACCAAAGGAGAGCGCUCAGUACCGCUCCCAGAGCCACUACUGUCGGAGCAGAGACCCACAGCCCUGCUCAUGUGACAUCCUACCAGACUUCUCACAAUUGCUCACUACCAAGGUGGGCAUCAUUGGAGCUCACUGUAGUGAGUUAAAUUCCUUUUUGCUCCAGUCUGAUGGGACAACGGAAGAGGAAGACCAAGACCAAGAACAAAGAGAAGAACAAGGAAAACUAAGGAGUCAUUCCUCUGUCCCGACAAAAGAUCUGAGUUUAUCAGCUCUGUGAAGCCCCCAGAAAGGCUUAGUAGAGAGAGUGCUGUAUUCUCGAGCAAUGGCAGAAGGUGAUGGUAAC